AUGGCAGGUGCGGGUGCAGGAGGAGGGUAUGGGGACGCGAACCAGAGGAUAGACUACGUCUUCAAGGUGGUGCUGAUUGGAGACUCUGCGGUGGGGAAGUCGCAGAUUCUAGCGAGGUUUGCGAGGAACGAGUUCAGCUUGGACUCCAAGUCCACCAUCGGUGUUGAAUUUCAGACGCGCACUUUGCUCAUCGAUCACAAGACCGUUAAGGCUCAGAUCUGGGACACUGCGGGCCAAGAACGAUACAGAGCAGUUACAAGUGCAUACUACAGGGGUGCUGUGGGGGCAAUGUUGGUUUACGACAUCACGAAACGCCAAACCUUUGACCACAUACCCCGUUGGCUAGAAGAACUGCGCAACCAUGCUGACAAGAACAUAGUCAUCAUUCUCAUAGGAAACAAAUGUGAUCUUGAGAACCAGCGUGAUGUACCCACCGAGGAUGCAAAAGAAUUUGCUGAGAAAGAAGGGUUGUUUUUCCUCGAGACCUCAGCACUAGAAGCAACUAAUGUUGAGACAGCCUUCGUAACUGUCUUGACAGAAAUAUACAACAUUGUCAACAAGAAGAAUCUAACUGCCGAUGAAAAUCAAGGAAAUGGGAACUCCGCAUCUUUGUCUGGUCAGAAGAUUAUCGUUCCAGGCCCUGCGCAGGAAGUCCCUGCUAAGAGGAAUAUGUGUUGUCAAGCAUCCUGA